AUGAUAAAAAUGCAACAUACAUUUGGUUUAAUUGUUCCUGGUGCGUUAAUCACGGCAAUUCUUAAUUCAACUGCUGUUAUUCGUCUUUGUGGUAGUUUACCAGAAUUAGGUUCUUGGUCUAUAGAAAAAGCACCACAACUUAAUCUUCUUACUAAAGAAUUUUAUCGGCCAGUAAAAUUAUCAAAUGAACCACGUUUUUAUCGAUUAGAUAUUAAUUUAUCAAGUGAUAUUAAAGAAUUUGAUUAUAAAUAUGUUCUCAAUGAUGAAAUAUGGGAAGGAAAAAGAGAAGAAACUCGAGUAUGGUUAAGAGAUGAUGGUAAAAAUUUAGUUGAUCAAAUUUAUUAUACACCUAUUGAUUAUUGGAUUGAUGUUAAAACUGGUGCAACUGAUGAAAAAACACAUACAUCAAAUUUUUAUAAUGAAGUAGUUACUCAUAAAAUAAUGCAUUAUGGUCGUGUUAGUGAUAAUUUAUAUGUUGGUAGUUGUCCACGUUUAUUGACACAUAUUGAAAAUGAAUUAGGUCGAUCAUUAGGUAUAACAGCUGUUCUUAAUUUACAAGUUGUUAAAGAUAUUGAACGAAAUUGUCAAGGAAUUCUUGGUGAUAAUCAUGUACCAGAACCAAAUAAUGAAUUUGAUUUAGCAAGUGUUGAUAUAUUAAGAAAAGCAUAUGAACAAGCAGGUCUUUUAUUUUUAUGGGUACCAAUUACAGAUUUAUCAUCAACUGGAAGAGAAUUAAUGUCACCACAAGCAACAUUAGUAUUGAAAACAAUAUUAGACAAAGGACAUAAAGUAUAUGUUCACUGUAAUGCUGGUAUGUUAAAUAAUGAAUUAAAAAUAUUUGAUCUUUAUUCAAGCAAAUUCUUUUUAAUUUUAGGUGUUGGUCGAGCAUUUGGUAUUGUUUGUGCUUAUUAUCAUUUUGUUUUGAAGAUUCCAUUACCUAAAGUUCAUUAUGAUUUAGCUCCACCACGUUCAUGUGGUUUCUUUGAUCGUGUAUUUCUUGAAAAUGCAGCAAUAAUAUACAAAAAAGCAUACGAAUAG